AUGGAUCCAAGACGGUCGCCAGCUCUCUACAACCACAACCACAACCAGCACCAAAACCACAAUCCUCCAGGCCCUCACAACCCCAACCAGCACCAGAGCCAUCGCCAGCACGGCCACCGAGGACAGCACUUCCCCCUGCCGCCGACCUCGACCACCGCGACGACGGCCGCGCACGCAGUCCCCGUCUCGGCGCCGUCGCCAGCCUCGCAUCGCAUCCCCAGCCCGGCCUAUGCCCACCAGCGCCGCAUCUCGGACGCGCCCUACCGCUCCUCCCACGUCCGCGACUAUCCCGAGCCCAGCCAUAGCCAUAGCCAUUCGCGUGCCCAGAGCGCCUCGUCCCUGCCUACUGCUCGCGAGCUGAGUCGCAACAUGCCGCCGCCCACGUCGCCCCCCCAGCAGUUGGGGCAGCAGCAGCAGCAGCAGCAGCAGCCUCAACAACAACAACAACAACAGCAGCAGCAGCAGCAUCACCAGCAGCCUCCUCAUCCCUCGCAGCCUCAUCCCGUCAUGGGCUACGGCCCGCCGCCUCCUCGACCGCCUCCCGUCGCCGUUGGGCCGCCCAGUGCCUUCCCGUCCGGUCGCGACCUGCCCGCUUUGAGCUCCAUCGCCCGCGCCGGCUCCGUGUCUGGCGGCAGCUCCAUGUCCAUCUCGUCCAUGCUUGGUGGCCCGCCUCCAGCAUCGCGAGACGCCCAGCCCCCGUCCGCGCCGCCCCAGCACUACGCAUCGCACUCGGCCCCAACCUCCGCAUCGACCUCGGGCCCAGGCUUUGCGGCCGCCAUCCAGGCCUCGCCUCGAAUGCACUCUGCAUCCUCCGAUUACCCUCCAUUCCGACGGCCUCAAACCCCCGAGCUUCAGCGACCGUACGACCCCCGAGCAGCCGCUGCACCCUCCCCUCGAGGCCCCUACGCCACGACACCCGACGUCCAGCGAUACGGCACACCGCAACAGCAGGGGCAGCAGCCACCCUAUCACUCGCGACACCCUUCGAGCUCGACCGACCCGUCUAGAGAUCCUGCAAGGAUGUCUGGGGCACCACCGCCUCAAGCGCAGAAUCCUUCUCAGUCAAGGCCCUAUGGCAGUAUGGCGCCUCGGCCGAUGGAAGUUGGAAGGGUACCUGGUGGUCCCGACGACGGUUACGGUCGGCGGGAGGCCGCGGGUCUUGAGUACGGCGAACGGGCUGGCUUGCGGCCUUAUUCUUACGACGAUCGAUACAGGGCCGAAAGAGAGAGGCAAAACGCAAUUGGGCUGGAGCAGCAGCAGCAGCAGCAGCAGCAGCAGCAGCGCGAACGAGAAGGGCGCGAGCGGGCUUAUUCCGGAGGCGAUCCGAGCCGACAUCCUCUGGCGCCGCAUGACCAGCCACAUCAUCGCGAACCCCCGGCCCACCAAUCUGCCCACUACGGCGCCGCCCCCCCUGCCGAGCUCCUCGACCGCCGCGACCCUCGAGACCCCCGCUGGGGACGACCUGAGCCAGAGGCCAACUACAGGGCAGCCCCGAUGGACCAUCAGCGACCGCACCCAGACUAUCCUCCCUCAUCUGGACCCUAUGCGCCUCACGCCUCGGCAUAUCCCACGGCGCCUCCAGAGCGAUUCCCACCAACAUCUCAUGCCGCAUACCCCCAGAGCGCCCCAGGUGUCGCCGGCCCGCCUCAACCUCACGAGUCUCCCGAUCGAGCUCGAAUGGAACUCCAUCACCAUUCGCAACAACAGCAACAACAACAACAACAACAACAGCAUUCGCAGCAGCCACCCAGGUCACGACCUCUUGAUGACGUGCCUCCCCCUCUAUCGUCCGCGCCAUUUCCCGGCGGCGGCGGCGGCGGCCAUCCGUUUGACUCGGCACGAAACAGAAAUAUCGACGAUCCCUCCGGGCCUGGUGUUCACCAGCGCAAUCUGCUCGCCAUUCAAGAAAUCAACCGCAAAGGACGGGUUUCUCCGCUCCCGCAGGCCGUCCAGGGAGCGCAGCCUCAGCAGCCGGGACCCGCCGCAGAGCCAGGCAUUAAGAGCGAGUUUGGCCGCAUGUUUGCGGGCAUCGGCAGCGGCGUGGGAGGCGUCGGUGGCCUGUCGAGCCCCGUCACCUCUGCCCCCAUGGUGCAGUACAUCAACGCAGCGCUGGCCAAACGCGACGAGACCGAGAACCCGGCGCCGGAGGCUGGGCCAGAGGGGGCGCCAAAGGCUCAACGGGGCCGGAGGCGCAAGCUGAAUACGGAGGAGAGCCGCGACGACGACAGCUCCGGCAGGAUCACACCGGUAGGGCGUGGCGCAAAGCGGGUUAGGGGACAUGCGCACCACCAUCAUCAUCACCACCACCACCAUCACCAUCACGCUCCCGAGGGCACCGCUUCACCGACCGUCGCGGUUACCACGCUGAAGAGCUUCAAGGGCGCGACGCCCAUGGCUUCGCCGACAGAAAAGAUGCCCAACGCUGCGCAUCACCACCAUCACCACCACCAUACGCCGCGAGCCGCGCAGCCGGCACAGGCUCCGAAAACUGCCCAGAGCCCUCCGACGGCGAUUCCGCCCAAGCCGCGGACGAUUGUAUCCUCCAAGGCGGUGCUGGAGCAGGUUGCUGGCCAUCCCCGUCACCACCUGGGCGACUUCAUCUACGAACCAUGGCUGAAGCCCGGAAGGCUGCUCCCGAGCACGCCUACACACCGGGGCUUUGCAUCGAACCCGAAGCCGCUGCCGUAUGAGCUCAUUAAGGGCAAGGAAAACUGCACGCUGACCGUCAAAGUGUCGCGCGUCCACCUGUCGCCGAUUGCCCGGGAGGAGAUCACCGCCAGGGCGUUUCUCUGGGGUACGGAUGUCUACACGGACGACUCGGACGUGGUGGCGGCCUGCAUUCACGGGGGCUGGAUCAGGGGAGAAUGGACCGAAGAUGUCGACACGUCUCUCCUGGACCUGGAUCAAGGCUCCAACGGGGAGACGAAGCGGCGCAAGGCCAAGAGCCUGGACAGCGACAUGGUGAACGCCACGUCUGAGGGACUCAUCACGAGGCCUCCUCCCACAGGCCCGAUGCCCACCCCACCCGACCGCGACCUGCACGUUACCGUCUUGAUACUGCCCCGACUCGUCAAGUACGCCUCGUCCACGCGGUACGGUAUUACCAGCCGCGAAUUCGGCGGCGAGUACGGGUCACGACACGCCAUCCACGACGGCCUCAGCUACAUGGUUAAGAGCAUUCGCUGGGUGCAGAACGGUGCCCAGCCUCAGGCCAGGCUGCGCGGGAAGGGCAGGCGGGAGCGGAUGAGGGAGCAGGCAGCCAACUAUGUCCUCAUUGCGGGACUGGGCAAGGAUGCAGCCGCGGACAGCAAGCCCAGCCUGGGGAGCGAGAUUUCUGGCAACUGGGCCAAGAGGAAGAACCUAGACGAGGCGCCCGAGGCGAAGCGUCGCCACAGCGAAGGGAACAAGGAGAAUCAGCCGGACGACAAGAUGAGCGACGCUCCAGCGGAGGAACACGAACAUGAGCAGGAAAAGGACGUGGAGAUGGGGGAUAUGGCGGGCGAAGAGAAGGCGGUAGCGGCCGAGGAAAAGUAG